AGCAGAUGAGGAGGACACUGCAGUCCCCUACAGACGGCUCCCAAGUUCGAUACAAUGUUUCUGAAUUGCACAUUUGUUUAAUGUCCUUGCAGCAUCUACUUUUUGAGCAUUUAACUAUUCUGUUUACUUAUUAUAUACAUACAGGGGCAUAGAUAGAAAUUCUGCCCGCCUGUUUGAGGUAUAUAAAGAUAUCUGCAAUUUCUGCAAUCAGUGCAUGACCUUUUGGAGGAACUGAGGCUUGUGCACAGCUCCUGUAGACGUGAACACGUUUUCUUUUCUUUUUUUCUCCAGAAUUUUUCUAAUUUGCUUACAUUUGUUUAUACGUGCUGUUGAUCGAAAGCAAGUAACUAAACAUAGACGAUGUCAGCCAGGAUUGUGUUUACACGCUUUAAGUCCAGGAUUAAUUUUUCUAAGCAUGCAGUAGUUUUGCGGGGAUUCUGGAAAUCUGGAGGUCUGUCAUAUCAGGUGUGUCGCACCCUACAUGUGGACACCCCCCCCUGCAUACCCACGGUCACCACCAGCUACGUGCAUGGCACCUCCACCAUCUCCCUCCUCUCCUGCACCGUGCCCCAGGCCCUGCAGGCCACAGUGGACCGCUGGCCGGAUCGCGAAGCCGUGGUGUUCAUGAAGGAUGGCAUCCGGAAGACCUUCGCACAGUUCCAGCAGGACGUGGACCAGGCAGCUGCUGGCCUACUGGCUCUGGGGCUGAAGAGGGGUGACAAGCUCGGCAUGUGGGGGCCGAACAUUUACGAGUGGAUCUUGUUUCAAUUUGCCACAGCGAAGGCUGGAAUCGUGCUGGUGUCUGUGAACCCAGCCUAUCAGCUGCAGGAGGUGGAGUUUGCGCUGAGGAAGGUACAGUGCAACGCAGUGGUGUGCCCGACCCAGUUCAAGACCCAGAAGUACUACGAGAUGCUGAAGAAGAUCUGCCCGGAGAUGGAGACGGCCAGGCAAGGAAUCUUCAAGAGUGCCAGGCUGCCGGACAUGCGUAUGGUGGUGCUGACUGACAGCCGCCAGCCGGGGGCGCUCCACAUGGACGACGUCUUUCAGGCAGGGGGCAGUGAGGAGCUGAAGGAGCUGGAGUCCCUGCAGAAGAAGCUGUCCUGCGACGAUCCCAUCAACAUCCAGUUCACAUCGGGAACAACCGGGAAUCCCAAAGGUGCCACUUUGUCUCACCACAACAUUAUCAACAACUCCUACUUCAUUGGCCGACGCUUGGGGUUUGACUGGCGGCCUCAGGUCAGAGUGUGUGUGCCGGUGCCCCUGUACCACACCUUCGGUGCCGUCGGCGGAGGCAUGUGCAUGGCGGUGCAUGGGGUGACACUUGUCUUCCCGUCACCUGGGUACGAUGGACGCGCCAACCUGGAGGCCAUUGAGAAGGAGAGUGUGUGCACAGAUGGUGACGUAUCACUCCUCAUUGUGUGUGUCUGUCAGAUUGCCUACGGCACCACGGAGAACAGCCCUGUGACAUUCCUCAGCUUUCCCCGGGAUAACCUAGAGCUGAAGACCAAGACCGUCGGCUGUGUCAUGCCCCAUGUGGAGGCCAAAAUCAUAAACCCCGUGUCUGGGGAGGUCGUACGUCUUGGAGAACCAGGAGAGCUGCUGGUAAGGGGCUAUUGUGUGAUGCUGGAAUACUACAAUGACGAUGCGAAAACGCAGGAGGUCAUCGGGAAGGACCGCUGGUACAGGACCGGGGACAUCGCGAGCAUGGACCAGUUCGGGUACUGCCGCAUCGAGGGCCGCAUGAAGGACAUGAUCAUCCGUGGUGGGGAGAACAUCUACCCAGCUGAAAUCGAGCAGUUUCUGCAUAAACACCCCAAAGUGCAGGAGGCACAGAAGAACAAACUGCGUGCGCAGAUGGAGAAGAAGCUGGAGCUGUAA